AUGGAUUUCAUGAAACGCUUACUCGGUAAAAACACCGAUACCGAAUACAAGUAUUCCGGCGCCAAACUACCGAAAGAACCUCUGACGCCACGCGAAAUUGAGGAGAUGCACCUGAAGCUGCAUCCCGAUACACACAAAUUCAACGCGGCGCAACCGAAAGAACAAGAUUCUGUCCUCGAUCACCAGGACUGGAGUUUGACUUAUAAACAAUCACUAGAAGAACAAUUGUCUUCUCCCUUAGCUGAUGGCUUGCUGCAAAAAGCGCAACCGGAAUCACUUUUGUUUAGCCGACUGCCGCCGGAAGUCCGCAUACAGACCUGGCGUCAUGUAGUGGGUAAUCACAAGGUUCACUUGACUGCUCAUCGUGGUAGAUUGAGGCAAUCUGGGUUCGAGUCGAAUAAUUAUCACUGGAUGCCGCAAAGAGGACUCUUGAAAGUUCCGCUGGUUUGCCGAGCGGCAUACAUGGAGUCCAUUUCAUCUGUCUACUCCGCCAACAUCUUUUGUUUUGGCUUUGGCCAAGCCAGCUCAAAGUCAGCACUCACGUCGCUCAGCACCAUGCUUCCCAAGCAACAUAUUGUUUCCAUGCAACACAUCGAAGUCGGAUGGCACCUAUUUGCAGGCGCGAGUCAGUACUAUGACAGCCAUCCUCAAGCCUGGGACAUUACCCUGGAUGUUCCAGCACCAGAGACUGAAACGCUCUGGAACAAUGUCUGUGCUGAUCUGGUCGAAAUGUCGCAACUUAGGACGUUGCGGAUCGUGGUUUGGCUAUCUGGCGAUGGUAGAGCACAGUUUGUUGAGAAAGAGAGAGACAUGCUUGUACUGCUGGUUGCGAUGAGGCAUUUAGAGCGGUUCGAUGUUCACUUACCUUGGAAGCAAGAUGAUACUGAGCUGUGGAAGGAUGCACCGUUUAGGGUUUCUAGACGUUUCAAGGUUAAGGAGAUGUAUGGUGUGAGUAUUCCGCUACUUGAUGAUGACUUUUACUGGUCAGGUUCAGCCGCCCAACACAGGAUAUAUAGAUGA